AAGAUGCCCUCAAACAAAUUCAGGAAUCCAACCUAAAAUCAGAAGUAAACCUUCCCUCUUCCCACAGACCAAUAAUAAACUGGAGCUCGACUGACUGUUCCUCCAACCCCUUGGGAAGGUUUUCCUGUUUUGAAGCCUUCCUGUUUAGCCAGUCAUCCCCCUCAUCAGCCAGUCCCCGCUCUUUCUGCUGUCACUCCUUUGCCUGAACAUCCUACUCAGUUAGAUCCUUUUCCAUCAGUCCAGCCAUCUGUCCCACAAACCACAGCAUUGUCAAAUCUUCCCCAGGCCUUUGUAGGUCAUGCACCUGUGUCAGUUCUGUCCAAUCCGCCUCCCUGUAAUUCUCCAUCCUCCUCUUUGUCUUCACCUUCUAAUUCCAUAUCCUCUUCUUCAUCCUCUCUACAGCUUUCUUCCUCUUCAUCUGCUCUUUCCUCCUCUCCUUCACCUUCCCCUACUACCUCUCCAUUCUUACCUCUUUUACCUGUCCCUCUUUUUUCCUCUCCUUUGUAUUCAUCUCCCUCUCUAUAUUUGCCUUCAGCAAAUUUAGAUUUCCCCUCUCCUAUUCCUUCUGUUUCUUCUUUUAUGAUUUCUUCUUCCUUUCCCCCCAUGCUUCACUCUUCCUGUCUUUCUGCCUCCCCAUCUCCUUUUAUUCCUAUACAUUCCUUCAGUCCUCCUCACUGGGGGAAGAAAGUAGAGAAGAGAAGAGAAGCAAGUGGAGUAGAGAAGAAAGAAAUAGAGAAGAAAAAGUUGAGAGACGACAACUUAAAAGAGCUAUAGAUAAUGACUUGCCUUCAUCACUGUCAAAAAAUGAUCAUAAGCAUCAGAAAUAUCUCAUAUCCAAAAUCAAUUGUGGUCAAGAAAUGGAAAACAGCAAGGCAAACUUGACUACUAACAAAGAUGCAUUCCAGCUUAAACUGGAGGAAACGCAGAAACUCCUAGAAGAUCAGCAUCUAAGCAGUUUGCAAAAAUUUCAUGAUGAAGUUAAUCAGAUAAUAAAUUCUGAAACCCUCUCAAGUGUAGACAGUCUUGAGGCUGGGGAAUGUGAAGAAAUAUAUUUAACACUUAAUAAGGAGCCUUCCACAUCAGUCCAGCAGCAGAAUUCUGUUUCCCUCAAAUCAGCAAAUCUGCAAUCAACUAACCUAAGCUGCUUUGAUGAAGAUAAAAUGUCAUUCUCUAAAACUCAACACAUAAAUAAUUGGCUUAUAAAUAUAGAUGAUCCAAAUAUUUUCUCAGAUAUUUUUAGCAAACCUGAUGUUCUCCCUGAUUCAAGUAAAUGUUUUGAUAGUAAAGAACAAAAUCCAUCUGCUCUGAGUAGAACCAUGGAAAGAGCCAUAAAUACUGCUAAUAAUUCAGUAGCCAUUCUACAUAGUCCAUCCAUAUUUGUACAAGAUAAAAAAAGCAAAAACACAUCUGAAACUAGUGUUAUAAGGACAACUGACUCCUCUUCUGGAACAUUCAAACGGGAGAAACCAUUAGUUACUGAGAGCCCAAAAUUUAAAUUCAGCAAAGCCUGGGCCACUCCAGAUUCUCUAACCCAGGAAAUCACAAUAAUUUCAGACCAAGAGAAAUAUUCUGAAAUGACUCAAGAAAAUAGAACUACUUCAGUUCCUACUUCAUUUGUACCUUUGGCAACACCUUUAGUUUUGCCAUCGAAUACGCAAUCAGCUAGGCCUUUACCAAAGAGCAGUAUACACAUAAAGGAAAUUGACCCAGUGCAGUGUUCUGAUAAGUUAGGGGAAAUAAAAGACAUUAAAGAUGAAAAGACAAAAUAUUUUAAUUGUAAUGAGGAAGAGUUGUCUUUAUUUUCAGAUAAUUUUCAAGUCGCCUGUAUACUUCAUAACUCUGAUUCGAAAGAUAAAAAACAGAAAAUAACUGAAGCAUCAAAAUCAUUAUCUAAUAUAAUUUCUAAUUGUGACUUAGUCAGUCAGCACAAGAAAAUAAAAUACAAUAUUUGUGAGAAGAAUAGUGUGAGAUUUCUUAAAAGUAUCUUAAAGAAAGAAUCUAAAUACGAGCAUGAUUAUUUUAAGGCACUGGUUACAAGCCAAGGCUUUAAGUUAGGAAAUCAAAAAGCAGCAGAUAUCAGAGAUAGUAUUGAAUUAACAAAAGAAAAAGGGAAAAGUGCAGAAACUCCAAAAACUAUUAAAAAACUGAGAUGGUUUGAUGAAACUGGCAAUACAUGGAAAAAUGCUGAAGAUAGUCAUUUGCUGAAGAGUAGAAAAAGAAUAUCUCAACAGUGGUCUCAACCAUUCCACAUUCAAGCUAAAAGUGGUGCUGCCAGCAACAUGCCUAGUAUUCCUGCUUCUGCUGUGGAUUCUGCUAAUGAAAAAGAGCCCAAGGAUGAUUUUAUCUCUGAAAAUGUCACUGCUUUAGGAGGAUCUGGAAUAGACCAUGUGCCUUUGAACUGUUUUAUAUCUUCAGGUUAUAACACUGCUAAACAAGCCUGGCCAGACUCCACAGAGGAGGAAAGUAUAUCCCCUGUAAAGAGUGGUGGUUCCAAAACUCAGAAAAGUAGUCCACAAAGGAGUGAAGCGAAAGUCAUUAGAAGAACAAGAUCCGCUAAAGUCCAGUCAGGCUUUGUAUGUAUGAACAGAAAAGGCACUGUUACUCGACCACAGUCUGCGAGCAAAGCCAACACAUUUGCACAAGCUCAGGGUAAAUUAAUUGUACCUCAUCCUCCUCCUACAUCUCAAUUAAAUAUUAGAAGUUGUAAAAAUAUACAGGCAUCUCAGUGUCAGCCUGUAAUGCCUGAAAAUUCUCAAAACAUCAGUACAUGUAAAUACUUUAAUUCAAAACAUAUGCUUCCAACAGAAUACAAGUUGAAUCAGUGGAAUCAAGAAAGUAGUCUUCCACUCCCUCAUGUCUGUUCUGACUUAGUCACUGUGAUGCCAACUCUACCAUAUUGUUCUUCAGAGUGCCAAACAUUAACAAAAAUAAAUCAUUCACAUGGCAGGCAAACUGUUGCCCCGCAAGAUGGGACAUUAUAUUGCCCCCAAAGAUGUCCAACAUAUGAAGAAACUCAUCCCUCUGUGACUCUUACAACUACUAGAGAAGAACUGGUUCCCUUGUGGAAAAGACAGCAUAAUAUUCUGGGUCAAAAUGAAAAGGCUGCUGAUUCUAGUGUUACAAGAAGAAAACGAAGUGUCAAAAAUAAGCACAAAAGUCUUUUAGAGCAAAAAAGACAAAACCCUGGAUCUGUAGGACAGAAGUACAGUGAGCAGAUGAAUAAUUUUGGACAAAAUAUCCAGCUAAGUUCAAGUGAGCCAAAACAAACUACAAGGGGUACUUCUAAUAUUAAAGAAGUUUCAGGCAGUACUUCUGAAUUUUUGAUGGCUGAAAAUCUAGUGAAAGCUUCAGUGCCUGAGGAUGAGAUUCUAACUGUCAUGAAUAGCAAGCAGCUACAGCAAACAAAUCUGGAUUUAAAUAAAAUGCAGCAAUUUAACAUCUGUGCACUAUCAGCUGAAGAACAAAAGAUCCUGCAGUCCCUUAAUCAUCUCAAUGAAAGAUUAUACUAUAUACAAGAAACCAUUUGCAAAAAUCCAUCCAUCAAAAGUACUUUACAAAUAAUACCACUUCUGAACAGCCAGCCAAGGACCAGUCCAUCUCCUGAUGUUGGAUCCAGAUCACAGAGAAAAUACUGAUGAGUAUCAACAGUAGCUAUUAAAUGGGAUCAUUAUUUUUGAGAAUCUCCUAUAAAUAUAUAUUUAUGUGUUUGUUAAUUAUUAAAAUAAAAUACCAUCAAAUAACAUGAACAAUGGAGAUAAAUUGAUUGAUUUACAUUUAUGCUUAUAAUACUUUAUUAUGUACUUUAUUGAUAAAUACAUUUUUAAUAAAUGAAAAUACUGCACUGUUUUUAAUGAGAAUGCUACUGGAAAUAAAUUCAUUGUAUUUGAAAAGUAAGAUAUUUUAUUAUUCAAAUUAGUUCAGGAGCUUGUUUUGCUGAAAUUCCUAAUAAAUCCUAAAUUUCUGUAGAAUGGUGUAAAAAGUUUAUGAUUAAUAAUACCUCUCAUAAAUAGUAAUUUUAUUUGUUUAGGACUUUGAAGGAUCUCUGUACUUUGGAGAUGUUACUAUAGGGUCUUAUUCUCAAUUCUACAUGUUCAGAAAUUAAAGUUAUCGCUUUUUAAAGGGGUGAUUGGUCUCUAAAGAAUUGGCUUUACUAGUAAAGCUCAUGAGGCAAAUGAUAAAUAUCAAAAGUAAACUGCAAUCCCAACUGGAUUACUUAAAUUGUCUGAUCAGUAUGUUCUUUUCCCAAUGAGAAUGUCUAUUUUCUUUAAGU